CUCUUCCUUCAGUCUGCUGAGGGGUGCUCGUCCCACUCUUUCGAGCAGCCAAACCAUCCUACCUAGCCGACCGGAUCUCCUGGUCGAGGGCUCUUCGAAACCCCUUUUCUUUUCGCCAUCUCCUUGAUUUUCAAGAUGAAUCCUCACCAGCAGAACAAGGUGGAUAUAAACUCCCUCAGCCCAGAGGAGCAACGUCUCUUGCGCCUCUAUGGUAAAAUGCCUACGAAGAAGGACUUGCUGCAAAACAAGUUGAAGGAGCGGAAAUACUUCGACUCGGGUGACUACGCUCUCAGCAAGGCCGGCAAGGCUUCCGACGUGGGCGUCACCAACAUCGGCUCACGCCACCCUGUCCCCGAGAAUAUCCCACACCUGACGGCCACCUCACCGGGCGCCAACAACCCCGCUACUGGCAACGGAGAACGCCACGGCUCGCAAGGACAGCCGAUUCCCGGCAGUAUCAGCGGCCACCCUGGAUCGAUCGGGUUCCAGAGCCGGAGUCCCAUCAAAGAAGCCAGUUUCCUGCAACGCGAGACAAGCGUCGAUGAGUCGGAGCAGGAGGCGGCACAGAAGGAUCCCAAGGACUUGAGCGUCAGUCCGCCGGUGGCCCGGGAGGGGGUCCCUAUCCGGCGAUGAUUCUCUGGAUGACGGGGACGCCGGGCCCCCAGCGGCCCUUUUUUAUUAUCGAGAGUCUUCUACGUACUUGAUGAAACUAUCUAUGUUGAUUUCUGGCCCAACCGAGUGGCUCGUGGUAUCAAAAGCCUGGCGCUGUGGAUUACAUUCAGAAGGUAUUUCCGGGUUGAGCAACCGGUAAUGUGUGCUACUGAGCAGAGCAUGAGAGAGAAGGGGCGAGUGAAAUUCUUAAGAGGAGAAAGAAGAACCUCUUAUUGUUCACUACCG